AUGUCUGGUGCUGAAUUGCAAGCCUUAAACCAUGAUAGCUCCGGCAGCUCUUCUGCCGAAUUGCCACCACGUCCCCAGCGGUCUCAGAGAAUAGACUACCACUUCUUGAAUGGUGGAAGUGACGAAGAAGAUAUUGAAGAUCAUAUCAGAAAGGAAACCCGACGGGAUUCGCCACCUGGUCGCUUAGAAUCGAUUGGUCCUGAAGACUCCGCCAGCCAGCUGCAUCUCAAUCUACCUACUUCUUCGGAAUCUGUUCUACCAGGGGUCUCUAGAUGCUUUACAGAGGCCAUACGGCCAUACAAUCACACAGCAAAUCCCGCAUUAAGCCACUGA